CAGAUCGGUCUCUUCCCACUCCCGAUACCUCUUACUGCCGGGUUCCGGCGGUUUGUCUUGGAUAUGUGUAUAUCCUCUCCUGCUUCCUAUCGCGACUUUCAUCAAGCGCGACCACAACGGAUAGUUCUUCCCGUUUAAUUUGAACGCCACGGUGAAGGCCGAGAAUGGUAUUACACGGCUAUGAUGAGAUUUCUCUGAGCCAGAGAUCUUCCUGCUCUGAUGCCAUGAAGAAACUGUAAGGGAUCAAGAAUGGAUCGGGAAUGGGGUGGUGGAUGGUGUAACCAUAUAUCCGAUUGUCGCGCCAGAUCAAGUUCGAGGUUAGGGAGUAGUCACUUGAUGGCUUCUCAAACCACCUUCUCGGGGAUAUUGGAUUCUGAUUGCACAUCUAAUCCGGAUUUCUGCAACUGGCAUAAGGUUUUCAUUUAUUACUGUGAUGGUUUCUCAUUUAUGUCGGAUAUUGAACACAGCCAUGCUAUGAACCUCACGUUUAGGGGUGCAAGAAUAUUUAACGUUAUGAUGGACGAAAUGCUCGCCAAAGGAAUGAGAAAUGCUCAGAAUGCUAUACUGACAGGGACCUCAGCGGGUGGACUAGCGACAAUCUUACAUUGCGAUAAGUUUCGCAAGCUGUUUUCCGAUGAGAUUCGAGUCAAGUGUAUUUCUGAUUCUGGAUUUUUCAUUCGUGGAAAGGGUCACCAUGGAUACAAGAACAGGGAAAAGUUUUUUGGUGAUGUGAUUAAAACACACAAGUUGGGCAAGUCCUUGCCCCCAAAGUGCACAUCAAAGAGGAAGUCGAGUUUGUGUUUCUUCCCUGAAUAUUUGGUUGAGGAUAUCCAAACGCCACUUUUUGUACUAGAAUCAGCUUUUGAUCGAUUUCAGCUUACAUCACUCGUACUAGAAGGAGUCACAAAUUGCACCAAUAACUUAAAGAGCUGCACCUCCACUGAAUUAGGAAUCAUGAGAGACGAUGAGGCAAGCAGUUGCAGAUUGGUAUUUUGAUCGAACUUCUUUCCGACAAGUAGAUACUAAAAGUGACUUGCCAAAAAAUUGUACCAGUUCCUUUUGUUAGUAGUUCGUAUAUAAUUCAAUAAGAUUUUUUCAUAUUAAAACUACCAAUUCCUCUGAAUCAACUAAAACUCCUACCUUUCCCUUAUCUAA